AUGCAGUUUUUGUCCGGCCACGGAAAUUUUAGGGCCAAAUUGGCGGGUUUCAACCUCCAGCCGUCGCCGAUCUGUGCUUGUGGCACAGGGGAGGAGGACGUGGAGCAUGUGCUGUUUAGCUGUCCGCUACACAACGAGCACAGGGCGCACCUUGAGUUGGCUGUGCAUCUGUGGCCUUGCGAACCGGAGAUAAUAGUUACAUCUCGAAGACUGUACGCCGCAAUGGACGGGCAAGACACCCUGCGUGCCAGAGUGCCAAACCCCGCAUGUGUUCUGAACGAGUGUCAAGGAGUGAGCAGGCAGAAGCGGUUCACAUGCGGGGCCGUCCUGAGGAGACACUCGUGCGUCGGGGACGCGGGCGGCGCUGACGCGGACAACCGAGGUUCGCGGACAACCGGAGGCGCCGUGGUGGCUGAAAGCUUAGAUUGUGAUAAAGAAAUUAACGUAGAAGACCUUGGUAUAAACAAACAAUCACAAGCAUUAGAAAUCAUCCACAUUUAUUCAACUACACUACCCAUAACAGAAACAAAAACCUCUAAAGAUAAUAUUUAUUUAACUGAACAAUUUAUUCCCAAAAACGAUUUUCUAUUCCCUAAAACAAAUGGAAGAUCAUGUCAGUUGAAAUGGUUCAAUUCGUUUAGUUGGCUACAUUAUGUGAAAGAAAAAAAUGUUGUUUUAUGUUAUCCGUGUGCUUUGGCCAGUCAAACUAAAAUAACAAAAAUAAAAAUUCAUGGGCAAGAAUCGUUUAUUGGUACUGGGUUUCAAAAUUGGAAGAAAGGCACUGAGCGGUUUUCUAUACACGAAAAAAGUGAAAACCAUAGAGCAUCAAUAGAAUAUUUAAAUUUUCGUAACAACUCUCGUCCUGUUAUAUCUUUAAUUACUGAACAGUCUUUAAAUGAACAAAAAGAAGCUCGUACAGUAUUUAAAAUUGUUAUUAGCUCUAUUCGUUACUUAGCUCGUAGUGGUCAAGCUAUUCGUGGUGGUACAUGGGACUCUGGAAACUUAAUUUAUUUAUUACAAGAGCGUUCACUUGAAAAUCUUUCAAUAAAAAUUUGGCUUGAAAAACGAAACAAUUGGUUAAGUGGGGAUAUUCAAAAUGAGUUGCUUGAAACUAUGGCGCAUUUUGUUUUACAGAAGAUUAAAAAUUCAGUUCUAAAAAGUCCAUUUAUGGCCAUAAUGGCUGAUGGCACUACAGAUGGUCAGGAACAGUUUAGCAUUUGUUUUCGUUUUUUAAAUACAAUUUCUUUAAAUAUAAACGAAAUUUUUGUGGGUAUGUAUAAUCCUUCAAGUGGAAAUGCUGAAACAUUAUUUUCUUGCAUCACUGAUUUAUUGACACGUAUGUGUCUUAGUUUUGAAAAUGUUAGAGGACUUUGUUUUGACGGAGCGGCAACUAUGUCUGGUCAUAGAAGUGGAGUACAAAAGCGAAUUUCUGAUGUACAACCUAAAUCUAUAUUUAUUCAUUGUUCAAAUCAUUCAUUGGACUUAGCAUUGAGUGAUACUAUUAAAACUGUAGAUUUUGCUAAUGAUGCUCUAAAUUUAAUCAGAUUUGUAAGCAAUACAAUCUUAGAUUCAUCAAAACGCAAAAACAUAUUUUCUGGUAUUGUUCUUUCGACUAACUUAGAUGAAGAAAAUGACUAUAAAACUGAAAAUAUACCAGGCAUUAUUCUUUUUUGUCCUACAAGAUGGACAGUCCGAGUAAAAGCAGUUAAUAGAUUUAUAGAAAAUUAUGAAAGAGUUCUUUUAACAGUACAAGAAAUUUUAAAAGAUUCAAAUUCAAUUAGUAAAGAUAGACGUGCAGUUCUCCGCGUAUAUGAGACGAAACUUUGGAAGUUUGAAACUUUUUUUGCUCUGGAAUCUUUGUCUUUAAUAUUGGGUCCAUGUGAGCAGUUGGCUAAAGCUCUGCAAAAUAUAUCAUACACUGCUAUUGGAGCCAAACAUUCAUCAGAAUUAGUUUGUAAGCCCCCUGCCAAUCUUGAAUAUUCAACUACACGCACACCUUCAGCCAACAUCGACAAAAAAGUUGCUUUAAGAAAAGAAUUUUUUGCUUUGAUUGAUUGUUUGUUGAACGAAUUAAAUGAAAGAUUCACUCAGUCUGGGUUAGACAAAGUAGUAUCAAUGGAAACUAUUUUGAUGCGUUCAAUCAAUACAGAUAAAAUUGAAAUAAGUGAAAUAAAAAAACUGAUUUUAAUGUAG